AUGCAUUGGGUGGUCCCACUCCUAUUUACUCUGGUGCUUCCCAGCCCGGUGCAUGGCUUCAGCUUCUCGACAAACGAGCCGACGUCUUGCGGUAACCUAGAGGUGGCAUGGGCAGGGGGCACCGCGCCGUUCACGCUCUCCAUCUUUGGGGCAUUCGAGGCCGGACUACAAGUGCCCAUUUCCUCCGAUUCAUUUUCUAAUGGAAAGGGCUCGUUCUCCACGCAACUUCCUCUGCCCGAGAACACGAAAUUCGUUGCAGUCAUGAGCGACGCGACCGGGUUCGCGACGGGAGGCAUCAGUCCCACGAUUGUCACUGGUGCGGCAGCCAGCGGCGCGUCGUGUAAUACAACGUUAUCGCCUCAAUGGGUUUGGGAUACGCAGAGUCAGGCAGCUCAGUGCAGGUCGUUCCAAAUUAACAGCAUAAACCCCACCCAAAUCACUGCUAUAUCAUAUCCCAUCACUAUCCUGACUCUUGUGCCGGGAGGGAGUUACCAAAACUACACUCUCGCUUCGGGGACGACCUUCAAUAUACCGUCUAUCAACAUACAAGCAGGCUCUACCUUGGUCAUCACGCUAUACGAUGCGGCAGGAAGGAACGGCGGAGACUCAGAUUUUUAUACUGUAACUCAGACCGGUGAGACUAGUUGCCUGCAAUCCAAAUACUUGUCCUCGACCGUCGUCUCGACCUCUUUUGCUACCGCGACUGCUUCCUCCACCUUCGCCUCCUCUUCUGCGUCAUCUACGUCAACUCAAGCUGCGAGCGAUGCCGCCAAGGUCUCCGGAGGUACAAUCGGUGCUAUUGUGGCUGCUUCGAUCGUCGGCUUGGGUGCUUUGGCUGCCAUUGGGUUCUUUUGCUGGAAACGCAAUUCUGGACAGCGACGAUACGCGCGCAAUCGGGUGGACAUGGCAGGGGAUUAUGACUCUCCCACUUUGCUUGCCGCGACUCCUCGCCGAUACGAACCCGAUCCGUUCACUCUCGGCGCACCAAACGCGGAACCCUUCGACUGGAGCCAUUCUGCGCCUAAUUCUGCGACGGAUCUCAUGGCGCAUGGCGGAGAAAUGGGCGCAGGAGUUGCAGCAGGAGGAGGAGCGGGAGCGGGGCUCGCAUCUUCGAGGCACAGCUACGCUUCACAGCAAGCCCAUGGCCCAUCACGAGAAUCGACGUACAGUGCCGGACCGACAGCAUCUCUUGCCCCUACGAGCCGAAGUUCAAAGACGAAUGCGACGGGCGCAACACGCGCAACACAACCACGCUUCAUCAUGCAUACGGACGCUGCCGAUGAGCUGACGGAGGAGCCUGAUGAGGUCAUCGAGCUUCCCCCUCAGUAUACUGAACGCCGCCGGUUACCCGAUUAUGGCGGGGAGGGAUCGUCUGGUGGUCCACCCACAGGCGAUGUGAAGAGGAGGUAG